AUGGCACGUGACCUAGUUUCGCUCACGCACUCAGGACGUGGUACCGCCAACGUAAGCUGCUCUUCCCACAUUGUCCCCCACCUUCGCUCCCCCAACCUCCGCUCCCCCACCCUCGGCACCCCCACCCUCCGCUCCCCCACCCUUGGCACCCCCACCCUCGGCUCCCCCACCAUCGGCUCUCCCCACUUCGGCUCCCCUCACGCCGCUCAGCGUCCCCCCUGCCUUCUCCCUCCCUGCUGGGCAGAAUAUUUUUACAACAAAUCGGGCAGCUGCGCGCAGCAGACGUCGUUCUUUGCCGGGCAGCCCGUGCUGUCGGUGGGGGUGGGGUACGCCGUGGUGCUGGGUUUUGGCGCGUUCUUCGCCGUCUUCACCUCCUGGCUCGUGUGGCUGGACAAGCGGUAUGUGGGCACGCGGCAGAGCAGCGAGUGGUUCAACACAGCGGGCAGGAACGUGAAGACGGGGCUUAUAGCGAGUGUGAUUGUAUCGCAGUGGACCUGGGCUGCCACCAUCCUGCAAUCCUCCAAUGUCGCCUUCCAGAACGGAGUGAGUGGGCCGUUCUGGUAUGCCAGUGGCGCCACGGUGCAGGUGCUGCUGUUUGGCAUCAUAGCUGUAGAGAUCAAACGCAAAGCCCCCAACGCCCACACCGUUUGUGAAAUCGUCCGCGCCAGGUGGGGCACAGCAGCGCACGUCUGCUUCCUCUUCUUUUGCUUCCUCACCAACACCAUCGUCACUGCCAUGCUCGUGCUGGGAGGAGCAGCAGUCGUCACUGCCUUAACAGGACUCAACGUGUAUCUUGCGUCGUUUCUCGCACCCAUUGGAGUCAUCUUCUACACCCUCGCAGGAGCCAUGCUUGUGCUGGGAGGCGCUGCAGUGGUCACUGCCCUAACAGGACUCAACGUGUACCUCGCUUCGUUUCUCGCACCCAUUGGAGUCAUCUUUUGCACCCUUGCCGGAGGCCUCAAGGCCACCUUCCUGGCGUCAUACAUCCACAGCGUCAUUGUGCACAGCAUCCUCUGUACCUUCCGGCUGCUCUCUGUACCACCCCACCUACUCUUCCCCCCCUUCUCCCCCCCUCACCAGGCCACCUUCCUAGCAUCAUACAUACACAGCGCCAUCGUGCAUGGCAUACUCGUCACCUUUGUGCUACUAGUCUACUGCUUCAGCGGCUACCUCGGCUCGCUCGCUGCUGUUUUCAACAACCUUGAGUUUGCUGCCAGCCCAACCAGAGACUGCCGGCUCACCAACCCGGGACAGGUGUGUGGGCCGGUGGAUGGUAAUUAUGAAGGGUCAUACCUGACCAUGCUAUCGCCCGGGGGGUUCAUGUUUGGCAUUGUCAACAUCGUCGGCAACUUUGGUGCCGUCUUCCUCGAUAAUGGUUAUUGGAUGAGUGCAAUAGCAUCGCGCCCCUCGUCCACGCACAGAGGCUACAUUCUGGGAGGUCUCGUCUGGUUCGCCGUACCGUUCUCCCUCGGGACCUCCCUCGGCCUUUCCAGCCUCGCCUUGGGAUUGCCAGUCACUCUAGAGGAAGCUUCCCGUGGCCUCGUUCCCCCCGCUGCAGCAGUGGCUUUGAUGGGGGAUGCAGGGGCAGUGCUUAUCCUCGUUAUGGUGUUCAUGGCUGUCACUUCUGCUGGGUCUGCGGAGCUUUUAGCGGUUUCUUCGCUUAUGACUUAUGAUAUUUAUCGCACGUAUAUCAACCCGAAGGCAACUGGGCGGCAGAUUUUGUUUUACUCUCGGGUUUUCGUGCUGAGUUACGGGCUGUUUAUGGGUGUACUGGCGGUGGGGCUUAGCGAGUUGCGGGUUUCCCUAGGCUGGAUGUACCUUGUAAUGGGCGUGCUUAUAGGGAGCGCGGUUAUACCUGUAACGAACCUGCUCCUAUGGAAAAAGGCAAACGCAGUGGGGGCGAUAGCUGGGUGCAUUAUCGGGAUGAUCUCGGGUGUAGUGUCGUGGAUUACUGUAGCAGUGGUCAUGUACGGUACUGUGGAUCUCAACAGUACGGGGGAAGAGGCACCGACGCUGACCGGCAACUUGGUGUCGCUCUUUGUGGGUGGCAUCGUGCACGUGGCUCUCAGCCUCAAGUAUCCAGACGACUACGACUAUGCCAGCACGAGAGCCAUAACGUUGGUGGAUCGGGACUGGCACUCCGACAUCCCCCCCUGGGAGCACGACGAGACGCGCCUCAAGCAGGCCCGCCACUGGAUCAUCCUCUGGGGGGUCUGCCUCUCCGUGGUUCUCCUAGCCCUCUGGCCGCUCCUUGCCCUCCCCGCGGGGGUAUUUUCCCUCGGGUAUUUCACUUUCUGGGUCGUGAUUGCGAUCACGUGGGGCGUGAUUGCCUCCGCGGUGAUUAUUUUCCUGCCCGUUUACGAGAACUGGCGCGGGUUAGUUCUGGUUAUAGACGGGUUAUUUACGAGCGAUAUUCUGCAGGAGAAGGUCGAUGAUAUAGGUCUGCGAUUGGCUGCUAUCAUGGCUACCAUACCUGAGGCGGAGGCCCGCCGCUUCGCUUUCCCAAUCCCCCUUCCCAUCUCCUUCCUCACCAUCCCCCUCUCUUCCCUCUCCUCCAUUCACCUUCCCCUGGCCUUCCUCCUGGCCUUCCCCCUGACCUCCCCCUUGCCCUCCACCCUGCCCUUCCCACUCCCUUUCCUCCCGCCUCCGCCUCAGCCUGAAUUGCUUCCCUCCCAGAAACCCCUUCUCUAUAAAGUGCUUCACUAUGCGUCCUCCCUCCCUUCUCACACGCCCUUCCAGCCCCUCAUACAGCUCACCAUCCAUAUCCACAUAGUAUCUCACAUCCAGACAAAGCUCGCAUGCCACUGCAGCUUCGGCUAA